AUGGCCCGCAAGGGCCUCGCUGAGCUCCUGCGCCUGUCAGAACGGGAUGACGGGGCAGGCCUAAAGGGCCGGGCGCCCCUGGCCCCAGGCACCGUCAGCCCCCCACGCCCCGUUCCCCCCCACAUCGUGCGGCCGCCGUAUGUCAGUCGGUCCGGGACUCCGGACUGGGACAGCCGGCCCCAGAUCCAGGAUGCAGAGGGCCUGGUGCGGAUGAGGGCGGCCUGCAACCUGGCGGCGAGGGUGCUGCGCCUGGCGGGCUCGCUGGUGGCCCCCGGGGUCACAACAGAUGAGAUCGAUGCCGCAGUGCACGAGGCCACCAUUGCCGCAGGGGCGUACCCCUCUCCGCUCAGCUACGGAACAUUCCCCAAGAGUGUGUGCACAUCCGUGAACGAGUGCAUCUGCCACGGCAUCCCCGACUCCCGACCUCUGCAAGAAGGGGACAUCCUUAACAUCGACGUCACCGUGUACUUGGAUGGCUACCACGGCGACACCUCCGCCAUGUUCACGGUGGGAGAGGUUGCGCCGGAGGCCCGGGCGCUGUGCGAGGCGACGCACGAGGCGCUGCACGCCGCCAUCGCUUUGUGCGGCCCGGGCGUCCCCUUCAAGGCCUUGGGGGGCGCCAUCCAGGCGGUGGCCGACGCGCAUGGGUUUGGCGUGGUCCGCGGCUUCUGCGGGCACGGCGUGGGCAAGGUCUUCCACUCUUACCCCACCAUCCUGCACUACAAGAACCGGGAGGGCGGCAGGAUGGUCCCGGGGAUGACAUUCACCAUCGAGCCCAUGCUCACCCAGGGCAGCGCCAAGGAGCGGUACUGGAAGGACGGCUGGACGGCCGUGACCACGGACGGCGGGCUGUCGGCGCAGUACGAGCACUCAUUGCACAUAACGCACGAGGGCGUGGAGAUCCUGACACAGCUCUGA